AAUCUCUCAAGUCUUUCCUGUUCUGUAUGAUGGAUGAACAGAUGCCCAAAUACGUAACCACAUGUCGCCUCAUAGCCCUCACGGUCUGGCUUCUUCAGCACCGCAUGUUAGUCAAUCAAGGCUUCGUUUUCCGGCGCAGCGGCCUCUCCACCGACUCAAUUGUCAUCCUCGUAAUUGGCGCCACAUCAACCGCCUGGACUGCUUCGAUACUCUACCACGCCUACUACGACUCCCCUAACAGUAGCGGCAAGGGAACCCUACCCUUAUGGUCCGGGAAAGCCAUUCCCUUAUACCCCAUGUCCAUCUGCCUGAUUGAAGCCCCCAUUCUCGUCCAAACCCUCUUCAUCCUCUGGGUGCUGAAAUGCAUCCCUGCGGUCUGGGCCUCACGAUCUGGAAACUCACCUAACCUAUGGCGCUCCCUCCGCACACGCAGCCCUUUCGACUGGGAAUCCGGCCUCGGCUACUACGUAUAUACCCUCCUCUUUACCACUACCUUUAUCACAGUCGGUACCGCAUCCGCCGUAGCCAUAGCCGCAGGCGGACCCCAUACCACAAGUGGCAUCCUCAGCCUUGCCGGCCUCAUCGUUUUCUUCUUCAACGGCACACCAAGACAUCCGUAUAACGCUGCUCCGCACAGCUACGCCUCCGACACACUGCGCAUCAUUCUCCCAACCAUGCACCACGAAGGCACUGUGUACCAGCUCCCAAGCGCAGACAGAGGCUUCGACGCUAUCUGGUCCCCCAAGAUCAGCAACGAGCAUCGCGAGGCAGACGGCGAAAUCAUGCUGCUAUUCCAGCACAUGCGGUGCGGACGCUGGCUGCCGCACGAGCCAUUAGAACGUCUACGGGCCACGCUGGCGCGCUUCCACGCGCGCGUGAUCUUGUCCCCCUCGGAAGCACGCUUACUAGCCGACUUCAUAUAUCCCGAUCUAAACAGUAGUAAUGUAUCCGGAGAGGGAAGCAGGCCCGAAUCUUUCCGUUCUCUCCACUGCAAACGAGCAGAAGGCGUGCAUCUCAUCGGCCGGGAUCUCCUUUUCGCCCUCUGCCACGCCGAAUACCUGGUCUUCAUGUCGCAGCACUCUCUCCCCGACGAAACAUGUGCGAAGCUACAUCGUCUACGCCUCAUGAGCCGCAGUGGUGCGACAUCGAGCCCGACCUCCAGCCCCAACAGCCCCGACCAUACCAUCGGCUUCCUCCCCGGCCUCGCCGGCUACCGCGAAGCCGCGCGCUAUGUCUACGCCAUAUUCGCCCUCCCCGUCGACGCUUCUGCGCUUCACUUCGACGUCGCGCCGCCGGUAUUUUCAGCGGCGCUGGGCAAGGCGCCGCCAGAUAUCGAGGCGUAUGUGGCUGAGUUGUGGGAUCUGAGUAUGCGGCAUUGCGAGGGGACGUUUAGCGCGCUGUGGUUCUUUGCCACGGUGUGGUUUAUGGAGAUGGGGAAUGUGAACGGGUUUCAUAUUUUUCCGCUGAGGUGUGACGGGAGGGAGGGGGACAUGGUAGCGCAGGGUGUUAUGUGGAGGCAGGCUUGGUUCUCGGCGUGCGUGGCGCAGAUCAUUUCGUGCAGUGGUGUGGUUUUUGGGGCCUUUGUUGGUGGGGCUUUUCCUUGA